AUGACUAACCAGCUUGAAGGUUUGACUAUGUCAAUCAACAAGCUUUCUAAGCUUCAAGCUGAAGAACCGCCACACCUGCCGGUCCAAGCAGAAAUAAGAGCCCCAGAUGAUUGUCGUUUUGGAGAAAUAAUAAACCAUAGUCUUGAAAUCAAAGAUAUGAUACAGACCCUUCAAAACAUCCCACCAACAGGAAUAGACCAAAGAAAAGAGCUAGAAGCGGCGUUGCAUCCGAUAGCUCAUAUGGUUAAAACCUUACUAGCAGAGAUAAGUGAGCUAAAGGAUUGCACCACCGCAAAUGCGGUAUUUCAAGGAAACUCAGGACUAGGUACCGAGCUGGCCGUAACGGAUAUUAAGGAUAAAAUAGAAGAGUUAAGAAAAGUCUUUAGUAAUAGACAGAAUACAGACUACAACAAUAAGGAAUACCAUGACAACAAUACAACGCCACAACCAUCAGUUACAAAGUCAUCUUCACCGCAUAAACUUACAUACGCUGAAGCUACGGCAUGCGAUGAGACGAUUCCGAAAAUAGAACGAAAACAGUUACCAAAAGCUGCUAAAUGGUGGAACACCGAAAUUAAAGAAAAAAAGGAGAUCAUGAUCAGAUUACGAAGAAGAAUAAGGAAUGCACACCCUACAAGAAAGAACUGGGUCAUAGAACAAUAUCUCGAAGCACGAAAACAAUAUAAAGAAAGUAUAGAAGAUGCCACAACCAAAAGCUGGAAAGAAUUAUGCACGAACGAGCAGAAAGAAAACGUGUGGCAACGCAAUUAUCGGAUAUUGAAGGUUUGUUCUAAUGUAGAGGAAGACAAACUGCUCAAAGACCAAAAUGGGGCAGUCCUUUCAGAAAAAGGGUCAGCAACACUUCGAGCUGAAACUUUUUACCCUAAAGAUAAUCCAAACACCGACACUAAGGAACAGGAUGAAAUAAGAACAAAAACAAAUGAACUUAUAGCACAACUCGAAAACAAAGCAUUAGAGGUUAAGACCCCAUUCGCUAGAACUGAAAUAGAUCAAAUACUAAGCAACAUGAGUCCUAAAAAAGCCCCGGGAGGUGAUGCUAAUGCAAGCAGUAUCUGGUGGGGUUGCAAGGCAGAUGAUAAAAGGGGAACACUAUUAAUGGAAACGGUAGCAGAACUCAAUCUCGAGAUACUAAACACUGGCAAAUCUCCUACAUUUAGUGCAUACAGAAUGGGUUCACUCUGCUCGAGCAUAAUAGACAUCACGUUAUGCACAUCCUCUCUGCUACACAAAAUCUAUAACUGGAGAAUAGAUGAUUCUUUUGGCACCAUCUCAAAUCAUAAGCCCAUCCUUUUUAACCUCGCUAUAUCAAACAAGCCACAGCAGAGAAAAAUCAAUAAUACCAGGAAAUUCAACACGAGAAAUGCUGACUGGAAUAGCUUUAGAACAGAAUUAGAGAAAGUAAUAGAUACAAAGGGUAUCACCAAAGAAAGCAAGAAAAGAAGGACAAUAGAAAAUCUAGACAAAACAGUAGUAGAUUAUACAGAAUGUAUCAUGGAAGCCUGUAGUAAAACUAUUCCUACAAUAAAAAGAAAACAAAUUUCUAAAGCAGCGAAAUGGUGGAACGCGGAACUAAAAGAAAAAAAAGACGAAAUGAUCAGAAUUCGUAGAAGAAUUAAGAACGCACACCCUAGACGCAGAGACCAUGUCAUACAACAAUACUUGAUCGCCAAAGAAGAUUAUACAACAAGUAUUGAAAGAGCUUCCACAAAGAGCUGGAAAGACCUGUGCAAUAAAGAAGAAAAAGAAACCAUCUGGCAACGAACAUACCGCAUUCUAAAAAUAAGUACAAACAGGGAGGAAGACAAACUAUUAAGGGACCAAAACGGAGAAAUCCUAUCGGCAAAACAAUCAGCAGUUCUUCUAGCUGAAACAUUUUACCCAAAGGACAGUUGUAACACAGACACAGAAGAGCAGUCAGAAAUAAGGGAAAAAGCGAGGGCUGCAGAAGCCAAAGAAGUCCUAAAAACGUUGUCGAAGACUGAAGACAUCGCAGAGUCGGAUAUUGACAGUGGAGACACUAACACGUCCCUCAAUACUUCCACGAGGUCGAUUGGAGGAAACCGGAUGCUCCUUAAUGAUUUGCCCAGACAUGCCAACGAAGUACUGCAAAGAACGAAGGCAGAGCUGGAAAAAUCUGGAAACCUAAAGAGGGAAAUCCGGGAAAGUGUCGUCUCGGGGAUAUAUACAUUAUAUGAAAUGGUCCUCAAAUUGUAUGAUUCGAGAAUUUUACACAUACUCGAAUCCAGCACACAAAAACUAAAUGUCUCAGGUGAAUCAGAAAGGCUCACACAAAGGCAUGCAGGGUUCAUGCACGAGACUUUAGGACAAUAUGCUAACUUAAAAGAGAACGUAGAAAAGCUUUUGAAAGAAACAGAAUCUACCCGAUCAAUUGUCUCGUAUGACCUCUGUGAGGCGGUAACGGCGACAAAGAAUGAAAUCGUCAAUGUACGUAAAGAAAUAACCUUAGGAUCAUCCAUCUCGAGUCAGAUACAAUUCUUGAUGGAGGAACUAAAGCAACUCCGGGCGAACACCGACACCCUUAAGAACCCUACUUGUCAAGAAAUUGACUUAUCUCGCUUCGCCGAAGAGCUGCAGGAACUCCGUCAGGCGGUCAGAGAACUCACCAAAGAUAGGGUAAUCCCGCAGUCACAAAAUGGUGAACACAGCCCAGAGAUACCAAACCAAGAGAUGUUAUCGGAAAAACAUCACAAAAAAUUAAUCGAGGAACUUCAGGAUCAUAUCUCAGAAAUCAAAGCACAAAUAAUAGCAAAGGUAGCAGAAUUAAGGCACGAAAUCCUUAAGAUAACGAGAGAUAUCAAAGGAAUAACUGAUACCUCAUUCAAUUCUCAGCUACCCUCAGUCCAGGCAAACUGGAAGAACUGA